GUACUAAUGAUUACUUAUCAUCUCCGAUGAGUGUGUUUCUACUACUCACCACACUUCUUGGUUCAGGAGGAACCAGGGGUAAUACAAAGUUGCAAAUAGCUAAUGCUGUUGGAGUUUACGAAGAAAAAGGAAAACAAAAAGCCGCGUCAAAGAUUUUCAGUUCAAUAUACAAGAAUUUGACAGAAGAAAAGGCUAGUGGAGCAAAUAUCAUCACUAUAGGAAACGGAAUGUUUGUAAAAGACGGAGCUAAAGUGAAAGAAAAGUUUGUAACGACAAUGAAAAGAAAUUUCGACAGUGAAGUUGCUAAU